ACUACCCGCUGUUGACUGGAUCAGAACACUGGAGACGAAAAAUGCGAACGGUUUUUAAGCGUUUGGAUGCCAAUGCCGAUGGGUACAUGACCAAGGAAGACUAUGUGAUUACUGCUCAGGCCCUUAUAGAUUAUUUGGGACUCACUGGCAAAGAAGCUGAGCGCAUUUUAAACGAACGCCUUCGCGUCUGGGAAGGAAUAGCUGGAGAUAAAACACGUAUCACCGUGGAUGAAUACUGUCAGGACAUUCUGUCCUUCCUGAAUGAUAGACGCUUCCGAGAAGAGCUGUGCUACACGGUAAUUCGCGCGGAGUUCAAUGCGAUUGAUAUCGAUGGUGAUGGGUUCAUAUCCAAGGAAGAGCAUGCUGCUUAUUUUUACAGUCUUAACAUCCCAACUGAAUCUUCAAAGGACGACUUUGAUGUAUUGGACUCUAACAAAGAUGGUCUCGUGUCAAUUGACGAGUUUGCCGAAGGGUUUCUCGAGUUCUGGUUGACCGAAGAUCCAGAUAACAUCUACAACCAAACGUAUGGGUCACUCGUUAAUUGAUAAGUACCACUAACGAAAACAAAAUAUAUUGUUAACUUGAUCUGGGUUCAUGAUAUAUCAGACAGUGGAUUGUUAUUAUAUUCAGUUUUAUGAAAGUAUUGAUCUGUUUUCUAUAAAAUUGCCAACAUGUCCAAUAACUUUAACUUGUGAUACUUAAAAGAAAACAUUUUGAAUAGUUGUGUUUAAUUAAUAUCUGAUAAUAUUAAGCAAUAGCUUAUUUUUUAACUCAUAAUUUUGCAGCUUCCAAAGAUUUUUUAAAAAUUAAGGGUUGAAUGGCGAAACUGGGUUAAAACGAAGAUGUAAGGGUUUUGUGUGUUUAUGAUAAUCAAAAAUAUAUAUAACAUUGCAUGAAGUAAUAUUUUUAAAGUUAAUGCAUUAAAUGUGUCUUCUGACGAGUUUUUCAAGCUGCACGUACCGCAGGCAGGCCAACUACAAAGCCAGUGGGCCUCCGUUGACCAGGGCCGUAGCAUGAGUGGCUGGAGCACAGAUAAUGAGUUAUAUAAUACCUCUAUCUGUGCAGUAACAGGCUAUAACUUUUAGGUCAGCUAAGCAUUAAAGAAAAAGGUAAAAAUAGAAAUAGACAAAAAGGAAAAUGCCAGUGGCCACCAUUUAGCAUCAGAAGUCGAUACAAAAACGAGGGAUUUAUUUCCAAAGCAUUUAAGUUUAAAAACUACAGCCUUGUCGGUUGC